AUGAGCGCCAAUUUUCCUACGAAGGAAGAGACGCGAUCCAGAUCGUCUAGUGAAAACAACAAUUCGUUUGUCAAGAAUGUCACGUCACGGGUAACAGCACUACUGCCUUCCACCAUCACAAAAUGGUUUAGUAGUCCUAGCUCCUCCAAUAGUAAUGGGUCAGCCCCUGUUGCUGAAUCAACAGACUCUUCAACAGAAGAUGAAGCUCCAGAAACACCAACAACUGCACAACCCCCUGCUAAGAGAAUGCGUUUCAGUGUGUCUGGAGCACCAACAUCUUAUAGUCCACCAGAGACAAAAUGUACUAGUACUAACACUGAAUUGAUUGGGACAUUUAGUGACAUACAGACUUCUACAAGCAGAAAUGCAUUCAGGUCAGAAACAAAUUUUGAGUCAACAUGUCUACCUACAACUUCUGAAGAAUUAUCAGCUUCAGAAAUUAAAAAAGAUAAUACUAUUUAUACCUUGGACUCUUCAAAUGAAAAUUCUUCCAUUAUGAGAAAACGAAAAUCUCUUUUUGAUUUAAACCAUGAAGAUAAUUAUGUAAGAAAUACAGAAGUGAAUCUGAAGGAACCACAUUUCAAUCCCAGUUUAUAUGCUUCUCCAUUUUACAAUAAAAAGACGAAAUAUGGCGGUGCAUCAAGCUCUUACAUGAACCAGCCCAACAUUAAACAUAGGAAAAACGCCUCGGUUACUAGUGAAAAUAGUAAUGACGACAUAACUAUUAGUCAGUCAGCUAGGCGUGUUUUGGAUUUAUUAGAAAAUUAUUCUUCUCCUUUAAUGGAAGCAAAAAGAAUAUCACAGAUAAUGAAAUCUUCUAACAGUAGUAUUAUGAUCAAUUCAUUAGAUAGUGGAAAACCCAACAACAGUCAAAGACUUUCAUAUAAAACACAAGAACUUCAUGUGCCAAGCAUUGCAACAAUAUUGCGACUGAAACAGAAGUCAAGACUUAUGGUCACUACAAGUGCUGCUCGCCAGAUAAUAGCAUCACAUAGUAGUUCAUCUGACUUUACAUCACCAAUAUCAAAGAGUCAGAGCAGCAGCACAUCAAAUGAAAUGAAUGAAAAGUUAACUACAAAAAUUAAAUCAAGAUUAAUAAGAAGUAAUAGAGAUGAAAGCACAGUGUAUGACAGGAUUAAGCCUCUUAAUCUUCCUACUGCUGUUUUACAAAUCGAUAAAGAUAAUUUGCCUAAGUUUUCUUUGGAUUCUUCUAACUCUCUAACGUCAUUGAAUGCUACACAUGUUUUGUCAAAAACUUCACCUUCUUCAGGACCGACCAUAAUAUCUAAUAACGUUAUAAAAAUAAAUGACUCGACAGUAAAUAAUUUAGAAAAACCUUCAUCUAAUGAUUAUCUAUUUUCUAAUCCAGUUACCGUAUCAAAUGAAAUAGUAAACAAUUCUUCAUAUCCUAAUUUUACUUUUGGUAUUCCAGAAAAGGCUAUGGAAAAAGUACAAGACCUUACUAACAUUUCUAAUAAUCCUGAAAAACACUUCUCAACUAUUCAAAAAAAUACAAAUUCGGUACCACAAUCUGAACAAUGGAAAUGUGAUGAUUGUUGGGUAUCUAAUAAAUCAGAUGCUAAUGUUUGUGUUUGUUGUGGAGGUAAAAAGCCUAAAAAAGAUAAACCAAAAAGUAAUGUAUGUUUAGACUGUAAGGCCAUUUUGAGUCAAGGUUGCAUUAAUAAAUGCUUUGAUUGUGAAAAGAAGUGUAAUAGUGCUGAUAAAGGAAAACUUAGCAACAUUAAAUUAGCAACAAAUAUUGACAAAUUAAAAUGGAAUUGUCAAGAUUGCUGGGUUAAAAAUGAUGCAGGAGUAGACAAAUGUGUUUGCUGUGGAGGUAAAAACCCUAAUUUAAUAUCAAACACUUUAGUAAAAAAGUCUAUGUUAGAGUCUGUGGAAAAUACAUGGAAAUGUGAAGACUGUUGGAUUAAAAACAAGAGUGGAGAUGAUAAAUGUGCUGCUUGUGGUGCAGUGAAACCUGUUUCAAAAACUUUAAACACCAAGCCUAAUGACUUAAUCACUCAACCUAAAACUACUAAAAGUGAUUCUUUACUUAAAAAUAUUGCUAAAUCACAAUCUGAUAAGUGGGAAUGCUCAAAUUGUUUAGUGCGGAACAAUAAAAAUGUAAGUAAAUGUGUUUGUUGUGAGACUGACAAACCAGGAACAGUAAAAGAAAAUGAGAAAAAGAGUUUUAAUUUUGGUAUAAAUUCAAAUAUAACAUUCAAAUUUGGGAUUGAUCCGAAACCAAAUAAUGUGGAAAAUGUGGAGGUAACUAAAUCAAUUGCUUUAACUACGCCAGCUGCAGUGUCAGAGGCUAAUAAUAACAAUGUUUUAUCAAAGACAUUUACUUUUGGAGUGCCAGAACAGAAACAAGAUGAUGAUAAAUCAGGCAAAAUGGAAGACAAAGCAAAUGAAAUUCAACAAUCAACCAGUUCCUUUGGAAUGCCUAAGCAAUUUUCCACAGAAUCUAAUACAAAAUCUGACCUUCAAAAUCAACCUCUAAAAGUCGUUUAUUUGUGUGAAGACACAACAAGUUCUGUGAACAAAAAAGAUGAACUGCAAGAAACGCUUAAAAUUGGAGAACCAAAAAUAUCAUUACCUCAAACACUUACAGUUAAAUCUAAAGGUUUAUUUGCUAAAUCUCUCUCAUCACCUUCUCUAAAACCUCUAAGUAACACUACAACAGCAGUUCUGCCUAAUGCUAAUCUACCCAAUUUUUCAGAGAAAAAUGAGUCAUUAACUAAUCCAUUAUUGGCUUCUACAGUUACACCAUCGACUGAAAAAGAAUUACCUCAAAGUGCAUUUAGUUUUUCUGCAAUUGGUAUAAAACCAGCAACAAAUUUGGUUGCAGAGGCAACCAAAUUUGCGCAACAGCAAACAACAGCAACUGCAAAUGUAACCGCAACAGCCACCGUAACAUUAAUAACAACAGCAUCUGCAACAGCAACAACAACAGCAACAACUUCGACGAAUGCAUCAUUUGCAGCUAUACAAAAUCCUCCUGUUUCAACUGUUGUAUCAUUUUUCCAAAAAAGUAAUCCUGUGAGUUCAUCAUCAAUAUCAUUCUUCCAAAAAAGUGACUCAACAGCAUCGACAUUGUCCUUAUUCAAGAAAACAGAGACUACAAAUGCGUCUACAUCUCAAACGGACCUAUCCACUACGCCAGUUUUCAGCUUCGGUAGUAGUGACGCACAGAAUGUAGCUCAACCAGAGAAGCCGAAAUUUAACUUUACAUUUGGAAGCAGUAACAAAUCUGAGAUGCCACCCGUAUUUAAACCAAUCUUUGGUGCCACUCCGGAGACUAAUAUUAGCACCAACAAUUUUACCCUAUCAAACACAAAUUCUAUGAGUACAGGAAAUGUUUUGCCAGGAAGUUCACCUGGCACUUUGCUUGGUACAAAUACUAUGACUGGCAAUAUUUUAUCAGGUGGCAAUAGUGGUUUACCAACGGCUAAUCCAUUGGUUGGACUAUCAGCAAGCAGUUCACUAGCUACAGGUAAUGACUUAAGUGGCAAUGUCUUGCCAAAAAAUUCAUUGUCUACUGCCAAUAACAUGGCUCAGGUGAACAACACGCCGGCAAUGCAGUCAGGUGAUCUUUUUAGUACUUCAAUGAAAAAAGACAAUAUGUGGUCGUCAUCUAGUAAUACAUCUAAUAACUUAUUUGCGUCAAAGAAUAACGCACAAAAACCUUCUUUUACUUUUGGUUCUUCUGUACAAACAUUUAAUUCUAAUAAUGCAAAUCCUGCUCCUACAUUUGGCACUCCAUCGCAACCAACACAAAAUUUGUUUGGAAUAUCAAACCGGAACAUUCAACCAUCGUUAUUUUCAAAUUCAAUGCAAAGUUCAACCCAAGCAAAUAUAUUUGGAGCAUCACAGCCGGCCAGCAAUCCUGAAUCAUCAGUAGGAAUGUUUGGAACGCCAAACGCAGGUGUAACGCCAAUUUUUGUUUCACCUAAUUCUAUACCUGCUAUGAACCCUACGCCGGCUCCAACUUUCAAUUUUGGAGCUCAACAGCCUGGUAGUGGGAUUUUUGGAUUUGGACAGCAGCAACAACAGCCACAGCAACAACAGCCACAGCAACAACAACAACAGCAGCAGCAGCAACAGCAGCAACCUAGUGGAGUAUACAGUUUUGGUGUAACGCCGGCUGGAAUGGGCACAUCACAGGUGCAGUUCAACAUGGGCAGUUCCCCGUACAUAUCUGGUCGUCGUGUGAGGAAGGCUAUUCGGCGGACUACGCCGCGAUGAAGUGUCAUCUCAUAGAAUAUAUGUAAUUAUGUAAGCGGAAAACUUAAAUUGACUUGAACCUUAUUGACUUAAAAGAGAAAAUUUAAAGAAAAACCCAAUGAAAUGAAA